CACCGUGAAAGCUCAGAUAGUCCUCAGAACUCAUCCCAAAGCUAUGUUCGAUGAACGAGAAGAAGACGGAGAAGAAGAAGAAGAAGAACAGUCCCUUUACUAAGUAGAGCUCCCAUUGAUGUCGUUUACUUCAACGACGUCGUUGCCCGGAAUAGCUGGGUUGUGCUCGAAGCUCGGUGAGUUUCCAGCCAGACAGAAGAAGAAGCUGUGCUUUGACGGAGGAAGGGCUCCACUGCGGUGCGUUAGGGACUCUGCGGAGCGGAAUGGCGAGGGUGUUGAUGGGAGAAUAGAGCGAGAAGAGAGUCGAAGAGGAGGAAGGUUCACGGGCCCGGCCAUGGAGGUCACCACAUUUGAUCAGCGUUUCGGCGAGGCCGAGUUCCCCGUCUGGGAGAAGAUUGGCGCCGUCGUCCGACUCAGCUACGGAAUCGGUAUCUAUGUCGCAAUGGCUCUAGCUGGAAGGUUCAUAUGCUCAAUCACUGGCAUAGAUUCUAUGGGAGGUUUCCAUUCGUCAUUAGAUGCCAUAGUGGAAGGACUUGGAUAUGCAGCUCCUCCAAUCAUGGCCCUUCUGUUUAUACUAGAUGAUGAAGUUGUGAAGUUGUCACCUCAUGCUCGUGCCAUCAGAGAUGUGGAGGAUGAGGAGCUAUGGAACUUCUUCUAUGGAAUGUCACCUUGGCAGUUUAUACUAAUCGUUGCUGCAAGCUCAGUGGGAGAGGAGCUUUUCUACAGGGCUGCUGUUCAGGGAGCAUUGGCUGAUAUAUUUCUAAGGCGCACUGAUCUGGUAACUGAUGCUCAAGGAAUGGCAUCUCUGACCGGGGUGCUACCUCCUUUUGUCCCAUUUGCUCAGGCGUUUGCAGCUGUGAUUACAGCUUGCUUGACAGGUUCUCUUUAUUAUGCAGCUGCUUCUCCCAAAGACCCCACGUAUGUCGUUGCUCCAGUUUUGCAAUCUCGAACAGGUCGCAAAGAUCUGAAGAAGCUCUUUGCAGCAUGGUAUGAGAAGAGGCAAAUGAGAAAGAUCUAUUCUCCCCUCCUGGAAGGACUGUUGGCACUUUACCUUGGUUUUGAAUGGAUCCAGACGAAUAACAUUCUUGCUCCCAUUAUCACCCAUGGCAUAUAUUCUGCCGUUAUAUUGGGACAUGGCCUUUGGAAAAUACAUGACCACCGGCGGCGACUACGGCAAAGAAUCCAGCAGCUUAAAUUAGAAGGAAAGAACUCAGAAUAACAUAUGAAGGAGCUAUUCAAUAAGGAAUAACCAGAGUGUGAAGGAAAUUAGCAUACUAUCAGAUGGCAGAGUUGUAGAAGUUUUCAAGUUCGAUUUAAGGUAUCUAACUCUGUAUAUGGCAUAGAAAAAUAGGCUCUGUAUAUGAACAAUGUAUAAGUUACAAAGUUAAAGCACACAUUCACCAAGUACUAUACAAGUUGAUUUGCAUACCUAAA